UUUUUCAGGGGGGUCCCCUGGUUUCUGAUCCCCCCCGAAGAUGUUUCCCAAGGGGUGGGGGGGCCUUGGUUUCUGACACCCCCUAACUAUAGACUGUUCAGGCCAGCGACGGUGAAUCGCGCUCCUUCAUGCAUCCCGAAGGGGGUGGACAGCGAUGGAGCAAGCGCGCAUCCAAUUACAUGUUUGUGCUUCGUUGUUCUACGGAUCACUCCGCUCGCGACCCGUUCAGCGGCACAUGGCACAGGUCACUUCUCGACGUAACUACAACAAGCCAAAGCGCGAGGGGAAGGGCCCCGUCGAGGAGCUGGUCUCGACGGAACCCGACCAUGUGCUCAGCAUGGAGCCAGAGACGCGCGUGGACUGGCUGCAGAUGGCCCUCAUGCAGGCGCCCACGAGCCGCCCCGAGCGCUGCGGCGGCCAAGGCCGUCGCCCUGUACGACGUCAUCGUGCUGCCGGCGUUCGCCCCUGGAGAGGGCAGUGCCCUGAAGCCUCUGACGCAGCACGUCUUGGCGAAUUUGCAUUUGUUCACCUCCAAGCAGAAGAAAACCUUGGAGAAGGCGGUCGCGUCUUGGGCUUCCGGCGGCCAGCCGGCGGCCGCGCGCGCGGCGGAGCGGGGCCGCGGCGGCUCGGAGCGGCGCGGGCGCAGCGGCAGCCCGAGCGCCGGGCGCAGCAGGAGCCGCACCCGCCAGCGGAGGCGCAGCCCGAGGCGGAGGGAGAGGAGCCGCAGCCCCAAGCGCAGGGACAGGUCGCGCUCGGCGGCGAGGGCCUCGCGUUCGCCGUCCCGAAGAGGCUCGCGCUCCCGUGCCCGGAAGGAUCGCCGGAAGAGCUGAGCCGCGUAGCCUUUGGGAGCGCCAGGGGGGGGACGGCCCAGCCCGUGCAAUCAUUGCUCAAGGGGGCCCUUUCGAUGCCGCAGCCGGGUCAGUCUCGAUGGAGGCUCGUCAUGAGCUGGCCCGGUAACGCGGGCGUGGGGGCUGGUCUGGAAUCGGG